AGGGCAACAAGCACUGCCCAGUAACGCAGGAGCCACUGGAGAACCUGGAGGUGACGCGGAACGAGGACAUGGCGCGGUCCAUCGAGGAGUGGCGCGCGCGCAACACGGUGAUGCGCAUCCAGGCGGCGCGGCCGAAGCUGCAGUCGGGCAAGGAGGAGGAGGUGGAGGGCGGGCUGCUCGACCUCUUCCAGCUCUGCGAGGAGCGCGCCACCAACCGCUACUGGGUGGCGGCGGAGGGGCUCAUUCCCGUCGUCGUCAACCUCCUCAAGUCCACCAGCCGCAACCUCCGCCGCAAAACGCUCGCCACCCUCGCUAACCUCGCCAACGGGAAUGACGAGAACAAGGAGCUGGUGGUGGAGGCGGGCGCCAUUCAGCUGGCCGUGCGGUCGCUGUCGCGCGACGUGGGCGAGAGCCGGCAGGGCGUGGCGCUGCUGCUGGAGCUGUCGAAGAGCGCCAAGGUGUGCGAGGAGAUCGGUCGCGCGCAGGGCUCCAUCCUGCUGCUCGUCACCAUGCUCAACAACGAGAACGCUAACGCGGCCAAGGACGCGGCGGCCGUGCUGCAGCAGCUGGCGAGCAACGACCAGAACGUGGUGCAAAUGGCCGAAGCCAACCACUUCAAGCCACUAGCGGAACGCCUCACCACAGGCUCGGACAUGACGCGGAUCGUGAUGGCGAGUGCGCUGUCGCGCAUGUCGUUGACGGACCAGAGCAAGGCAGUGCUCGUGCAGCAGGGCGCCAUCCCCCCCCUCGUCACCAUGAUCGCCUCGGGCAAGCUCGAGGCCAAGGCGGCGGCGCUGGGCGCGCUGCAGAACCUCUCGUCGCUCGCCGCCAACCGCAACGAGCUCAUCCGCGCGGGCGUGGUGCCGCCGCUGCUGACGCUGCUCUUCUCCGUGACGUCCGUGGUGAUGAGCCUCAAGGAGGGCGCCGCUGCCAUCCUGGCCAACAUCUCGAUGGCGGGCGCCGCACAGGCGGAGACGAGGAUGGAGAGCAAUGGGGCGAUGCUGGAGUCCGAGGAGACCAUCUUCCAGCUGCUCUCGCUCAUGAACCUCGCUGGCCCCAACAUCCAGGUGAAUCUACUCAAGGCGCUGCUGGGCAUGGCGUCGGUACCGCAGGCCAUGGAAGUUCGCAAGCGCAUGAUAGUGGGCGGAGCAGUCGACGUGCUCAUCCCCUUCAUUGACGGCUCCGAAGGGGUCUCGACGAGGCCGUUGGCAGCGCGGGUGUUGAGGGAGCUGUCGAGGGAGGCGGACGCAGGAAAGAGCGUGGCGGACAGCCUCAUGGACGCCCAGGGCGCGCCGCUCAAGGCCAUCAUCGCCAUGCUGCACGACAAGGACUCGUUUGAUAACCGCGCUGCUGCUGCUUCUCUCAUCGCUGCGCUGCCGCCCAGUGACGCCAAGCUCAACCAGGCUCUCGUGCAGGCGGAUGUGGUGCAGACGCUGGUGACGAUGCUGGGCAUGAAGGGGGGCGGCGUGGGCAGCAACGCGCAGCUCAAGGACGCGGCUCUGGACGGAGCUGCUAACGCCCUCGUGCGCUUCACUCUCCCCUCCAACAUCAAGCAGCAGCAGCAGCUGGCGGAGCUAGGAGCCAUCCCGCAGCUGGUGACGCUGCUGGUGACGGGCAACGCGGGGGCGAAGCGGGGAGCAGCGCUGUGCCUGGGCAACUUCUCCGAGUCCAGCCCCACACUGUCCGUGCCCGUCAAGGCCAAGUCAGGCGGCUGCUGCUUCAAGGCGCCCGAGGAGCCCAAGUGUGUGGUGCACGGGGGCAAGUGCUCCGUGCGCUCGUCCUUCUGCCUGCUGGAGGCCGAGGCCAUCGACCCGCUGGUGGGCGCCAUGGGCGAGAAGGAGCCUCUCACGGCGGAGGCCGCUCUCACGGCGUUGUCCACGCUCAUGGGGGACAGCUGCCGAUGGGAGGCCAGCGUCAAGAUCAUCCAUGAGUCUGGCGGGUUUGGGCGGGUGGUGCAGCAGCUGAGCGAGGGCACGGAGAGGGCCAAGGAGAAGGGCGUGUGGAUGCUGGAGAAGCUGUUUCGCCUGGAGGAGUACAAGUUUGAGUACGCCACCAAGGCCCAGGGCGCGCUCAUUGAGAUCACCCAACACGGCUCCAACGAGACCAAGCCCGUCGCUGCUAAGAUCCUCAGCCAUCUCGAGCUGCUGCACCAACAGUCCAGCUAUUUCUGA